UCUCAUCCUCGAGCUCUCUCCAUAGCCGACGUCGAAAAAUGGCCCAGGAACUUUCUGUAAAGCUAGACAAACGCUUGGCUGAGCAUGAUGAGUAUGCAGACAACCACGCACUAGCGCUCCUAUCAACGGAGGUCAAAUAUGACAAUGGAAAGCUGCGCGAUCUUGCGCACGAUCCGUACGUCUUUGGGGCAGCCUUGCUAGCAUCUGUCGGUGGUUUCUCCUUCGGUUAUGAUCAAGGUGUCAUAUCCAUAAUUCUUGUCAUGUCCCAAUUCCGAGAGCAAUUUCCCGAAACCUCGCCGGCCCAUGCACACUAUGGAUUCAACGUUGGACUUAUGACCGGAAUGCUUGAAUUGGGGGCAUUUAUCGGCUUCGCGGGCCGCUUCAUUGGGGGGAUCGGCGUCGGCACUCUUGCCAUGGGUGCCCCGCUGUACAUUUCUGAGAUCUCUCCUCCCACGUGGCGUGGGGCGUUCUUGGUCCUCGAAGCGAUCAGUAUCGUCAUCGGUGGGAUCGUCUCGUACUGGAUCACCUAUGGAGCUAGAUCAAUCCCCAGCGACUGGGCGUUCCGGCUCCCCUUCCUCCUCCAGAUGUUUCCGGCCCUGGUUGUGGGUGCAGGUAUUCAUUUUUUCCUCUUCUCUCCCCGCUGGCUGGCCAUGCGAGGCCGUGAUGAUGACUCCCUUGACUGCCUCUCCAAGUUGCGUAGGCGAUCCCCGCAAGACAAAAAGGUGCAGCUAGAAUGGAAGGGAAUAGUAUUAGAACAAUGGAUCGAUCUUUUCUGGCCCAAAUACCUCAAGAGAACACUCGUAGCCCUGGCGAUUGCUUUCUUCCAGCAGUUUUCUGGGAUCAUUGCGUUUGUGUAUUAUGCGCCCACAUUUUUCGAAGCCCUCGGACAGAGUAACAAUAUAUCCCUAAUUCUUUCUGGUUUGAUCAAUGUUUGCCAAUUCGUGGGCGGUAUUCCGAUCUUGAUGUGUCUUGAUCGCGUGGGACGACGCAAACUCGCGAUUUACGGCGGGAUCGCCAUGGCCAUUCCGCAUUUAGCUAUGGCCAGGUUGAUGAAUCGAUUCAGUAGCUAUUGGGCAGCACACCAGGGAAUUGGCUGGUUUUGUGUGGCUCUCGUUUACUUGUAUGUGCUUUCAUACAGCACCUCGUACGGACCGUUGGCCUGGGUCAUACCCACGGAAGUGUUUCCCAGCUCCAAACGUGCGAAAGGGGUUGGCGCCGCUACCGGGAUGAUCUGGCUUGCCAAAUUUAUCAUUGGCGUGGUGAUGCCUGAUAUGCUCAUCAAGCUCGGAUGGGGGACGUAUCUCUUCUUCGGCCUCUUCUGUGUCUCUGCGGCGAUAUUUUCCUUCUUCUUUGUCCCUGAGAAAUCCAACAAAUCGCUGGAGCAGAUGGCUGCGGUUUUUGGGGAUGAGCUUAUGGAUGAGGAGCGCAGGCUGCAAAGUCGCAUCGCUGGGGAGGUGUGA